UCCACCGGGAUCCUGGGCGAGUCCUCCGUUUUCAGCAGCAGAGCUUUAAUUGGCUAGAGAGUCCACCAAAAUAAUGUUGGAAAAUGCGGAGAGUUGAGACAGUUUACGCCCGGUCCCUUUUAUAAACCACUCAUUACUGAGACCAGACCUGGUGAAGCUAUUACGCUAUUACUCUCCAAAAAGCUGUCCAGAGAUCAGACGCGUAUAUCUGCCUUCCAUUCGCCCCUUGGUACGGACUCUAGACUCUAGAUAUCCGACCAUCACUAGAAGGGCAGGAACAUCGCUGCGCGCAUCUCCACACUGAUGCGCACAAAGACGCGCAACCUCUCCAUCCGUCUGUCACUCUGGAGAGCGCUCUCGAUGAACGCGCAUCUGAUCGGAGAACAUCAGAGGAGAAGAGUUUAAAUCAGUCACACUGACCUUAGAUAUCAUAUCCAAUCGCGGACUGUUGGUUUUCCACAAAUACGCCUUUGCGUGGAUGUGUGCUGGCUUUCGCAAGAGUUUAACAUCAGUUAAUGUUACCUGGAGGAAUGUGUUGGAAUAUCUUGUUUAUUUUCUGGAUGGAGAGACACCAGUGCGCUCCUGCUAAACGCGCAUAGGAACAAACUAAACACCAGGAACUUCGUCCCUCUUGUGAAAGUCAAAUCUGGACGUUCUUUUGAAAGGGAAUAAAGGAUUUUGUCCAGCGUUUCGUCGAACUAACUGCGGGGAGACUGAGCUCGCAUAGAUAAAGGUAAUGAGGGAUCGCACCUGAAGAUGGAGCUUUUCUGGAUUUUAUUAUUUUCGGUCCUCCACCAGUACGCACGAGCACAAGGGGUUUAUGCUCCUGCAAAUGCUCAGAUCGUGCAUUCUGGCCAGGCAUGUGUGGUAAAGGAGGACAACAUCAGUGAAAGAAUCUACACCAUCAGAGAGGGAGACACAUUAGUUCUGCAGUGCCUGGUCAAAGGACACCCACGGCCACAGGUGCGGUGGACCAAGACAGCAGGCAGUGCCUCGGACAAGUUCCAGGAGACAUCUAUCUUCGAUGAGACUCUACGGAUCCCCAACAUUCAGAGAGUGCAGGGUGGCCGCUACUACUGCAAGGCUGAGAAUGGGGUGGGGGUGGCUGCCAUCAAGUCCAUUCGCGUAGAUGUGCAGUAUCUGGAUAAGCCCGUGCUCACAGUGCACCAGACUGUGGGUGAUGUACGAGGGAACUACUAUCAGGAGAAAACAGUGUUUUUACGCUGUACGGUGAACUCCAAUCCUCCUGCACGCUUUAUCUGGAAACGGGGAAAUAGACAGAUCGAACAGAGCAAAGACAAUGGAGUGGACAUCUACGAGCCUCUGUAUACACAGGGUGAGACAAAGGUGCUGAAACUGAAGAAUCUUCGUCCUCAGGAUUUUGAUAAUUACACCUGUCAGGUGUCCGUACGGAACGUGUGUGAUAUUCCAGACAGCUCCGUCACCUUUCGUCUCACCAACGCUACAACACCUCCUGCUCUGAAGCUGUCUGUGAACGAGACCUAUGUGGUGGACCCAAGCCAAGAUGUCACGCUCUCCUGCGAGGUAACGGCAGGGUUUCCCACACCUACGGUGACCUGGUCACGGUACCCUGGGUCUCUCCCGCGGCGGUCUGUGAUUCGAGGUGGGUCUCUCACUUUGUGGUCCGUCACUCCUGAUGAUGCUGGCAUCUACAACUGCACCGCCAUCAACAAUGUCGGGAACCUUGCGAGAAGAACCGUCAACCUCAUUGUGAGAACCAUGAAGAAUUUAACAUUCCAGAUCACCCCGGACUCCAACAAAGACAGCGAGAGUAUACAGAUGGGUCGAGACCUCAAACUGUCCUGCCAUGUUGACGCCCAGCCUCAGGAUAAGGUGAACUACACCUGGUACAAGAAUGGAGCUGUCAUCUACCCCACCGACACCCUGAUCGUGCUCCGCAGUGACCCAGACAUGCCACCUGGUACCAGCAGCCUGGAAAUCGUGGACAUGAAGUUCAGAGAUCAGGCCACGUACAGCUGCGUCGCAAACUUUCCAGGGAGCAGCAUUCCUGAAAUGCGUGUAGACAUCAACAUCACGCAGAGCAGCGUCAUUCCCCCUGUUCUGAGUUUGCCAGUCGGAGGGGGUGUGGUUAAUGCCAGUGAGGGCGGUACUGCAGAGCUUGUGUGUUUGGUGGAUGGUAAGCCUCGCCCACCCAUUCUCUGGUCUCGUGCCAACAAGGACCUUCCCAUGCCAUCAGGGGAUUGGGUGGUGGAGACUCGUGACGGACGUUUACGACUGACCAAUGUGACGCGGGAAAUGAUGGGAGCUUAUCGUUGUCAAACGGCACCUUACAACGGCCUAAACAUCAAACGUAGACAGGCACAGGUGCAACUCAAUGUGGAAUUCCCUCCUGUUGUGGAUCCAGUCUUGAUGGACGUUCGUUCUCCAACCUACCAAAUGGUCAACCUGCGCUGUGUGGUUCUGAAGUCCAAUCCAAACCGAAUAGCCAGUGCCCGCUGGUACUGCAAUGGCAUGCCCAUCCGAACCCCACCGGUGGACCCACAAAGUGUUCCUCAGCUCCGGUUCAAACUGGACCCGAAUAAUAAUGGCACUUACGAGUGUAGAGUUAGCAAUGGAGUUGGUACCUCAACCUGCACCUUCAAUGUUUCCGCUCAGCCAUUUAAUGCAGAAUUUUACUACGACACGCCAAAUCCCAUUCGCACCUUGAAGAACAAUUAUUCCUACAUCUUACAGUGGACACAGAGAGAGCCCAACGCUGUGGACAAAAUCAUCGGCUACUGGAUCAACGUCAAACAGAACCUACAGACAAUUUUGUCCAAGCAGAUCACCACUAAAGAGCCAUUGAAAGGUGUUCUGAUGACCUACACUCUCACAGACUUACGUAUUCCCCUGUCAUAUGAGGUCAGCCUCAGUCCUGUAACCAGUUUUGGGAGGGGAGACACGGUCACGCGCACCAUACAGUACUCAGAGCCCUACACUUACCCACGACCUUCAGAUCACAUAUGUGGGUUCGAGGAUGUGCGGAUAUGUGGGUUCACUCAAGACCGCAGCGAUGUGUUUGACUGGACCAGACAGAACCAUUUCACUCAGAACCCCAAACGCUCGGUUAACACAGGGCCUGAUAUGGACAGGAGUGGGACAAAAGAAGGCUAUUACAUGUACAUCGAGACGUCACGGCCACGUCAGGCAGGGGACCGAGCCCGUCUUCUCUCUCCACUCUACAACGUGACAGCAGCGCGAGGACCGUCAGGGUCCACCAGAGCUCCCUACUGCAUCUCCUUCUACUACCACAUGAACGGAAAACAUAUCGGAACACUCAAUGUUUUGAUGAGGGUGAAGAGUAUAGCAGUUGUGGAUUCUGCUAUCUGGACCCUGUCUGGACAACAGGGGCCAGAAUGGAGGAAGGCAGAUGCUGUAAUCUAUCCAAGUGGACCUUUCCAGGUGGUAUUCGAAGGUAUCCGUGGAAACGGCUUUGAGGGAGACAUCGCUAUUGAUGACGUUUCCGUUACCAAGGGGAAAUGCAAACAGCAGGAUAAUGUGGACAAAACAGCAGUACUCUCUGGGACAGACCACCUUCUUCAUCUUCUUCCUGUUAGCGUCCAUCUCAUCAGCACCAUCUGUCUGACAUUCCUUCUCAGAUGAUACUGACAAACCCGGGUACACACGCCUAUGUAGGACGCCUCCCGCGGCAGCAAUAAGAAAACUGCCCAACAUGUGACCACACUUCCCGCUGCUGCCUUCCUCAUGCUCGUUUCCUCCUGUGUUUCCUGUUUCCCAUGCUUCUGUCCUUUUCCAAGACUGCCAUCAUACUUUACAAUAUUCUUUUUCUUUACAUUUACACAUUUGGCAGUUGCUUUUAUUUAAAGCAACUUGCAUUGCAAUCAAAGUAUACAUUUUAUCAGUUGGUGUGUUCCCUGGAAUUCGAACCCAUGACCUUGGUGUCGCUCGAGUCGCAGUUGAGCUUAAAGAACAUCUGUGCUUUCUUUGUUAUUGUGAGCACUGCUUCUACUUGCUAUGUGGCACCUUUAUUACAACUUUUGUGUUUUAUAAAAGCAUAACCUCUGCAUAUUGUGCAGUUCCAUCCAUAUGUCUUGUCAUCUCUCCACCAUUCAUCCUAAAUCAUCCUGUAUCCCCCGUGUAUGUAUCUGACACACCAAAGUGUCAACUCUGUUACCAAAGAUGACGGAGGGCUUACAGGAUGGACGGACAGCUGAGAGAGACACAAGAAUGCCCUUUCUCCAAAUAAACUACCCCUUCCAUUAAGUAAAGUGCAUGGAGAUUUGAUUUCCUUAGGAUGUUGGUUCAAAUAGCAAGGAAUGACCUGAGCAGGAAUGGACGAAUGAAGCAAGGAUGGUCACGAUGUUAGCCGCUUAAUACUGAUGAUAUGACCUGUAUAUCCACUUGUAUUUGAUAUAUUGGAAUGUCGAGCUGCAGAAUACACAAAUGGACUUCAACUGCAACUUCUGGGACUACGACAAUGUGAAACUAAAGAAGCACAAAUUUAGAUAUUUUUUGGUAGUCAUUUUUGGUUCCUUUACCUGGUAUUUUGUCGGUCUGGUUUCACUGUUCACUUCUUGUCCUUUGGCUUUCUUUACCAGCCAACGUAUGCCACUGCUGCAUUGCCGAUCGGUAAUUAGAGGGGUAGAAGGUGGUCUUGAAAACAAUACAAUGUAAACUUUAGACUAGAAAGGCAUCAAUUACCUCACCCUCGAUAUAAAAGAUCCAUAAGCCACCUGGAUAAACUGUGAGAAUGAUCACUUGAGCAUCAACUUUAGCAUCAUACCUCUGAUUAGAUCACAGACACUGCAAUGAAAGUCCUCUUCAUGGAUAUGGGCACAUGGACUCUAUCAGGACUAAAAGAUUGACAACUCUGGGCAGCCAAACUGCAGUCUUGGGGUUGAUGAUCAAGAAUGUAAUUUUUAUGUUGUUAGAGAGAAAGUGCAUGUACAUGCAAGCUUCAACGGGUUGCCUUUGAAAAACGUCAUUGGUUUGGAAAUUUUAAGAUGGCAGCAAACAAUCUUGACAUUGAGAAAGUGAACUGUUUUGGAACACAUUAAUCUAAAAGACACACAUUUGUUGAUGCAUCUUCAUUAAUGCUGCAUUCCAUUCAACUUCCGCACUAAUACAUUUUUGUUUGAGUAAUGGAGAGUGUUUUCAAUAUGCGUAACUUUUGGUGGAGGAAAAUGCCAUUCCAGUGUGGAUGAGAGUUGUAAAUAGCAAAAUCAACACGUUUUCAAAUGAAAAUGUAUUAGUGUGGAUGUGGCCUCAGAGAGUAGGAAAUUCCAACUACAUAUGUGAAAAAAUGCAAUAGAAUAGUUGAGUUUCAUGAUGCCACACAAACAUGGCGGCACCUAGGGAAUGAAUCAAAUUCCCUUCAUUACUAGAGAUGCCACGGUGUAAGUUUUUGUCAAUUAGAAUACCUAGAAAAAAAUCACAGCUAACUGGUUUUAUGAUUAUUUACAGAUUUUCUUAUUAUGCAACAGUGCUGAGGCAAGAAAAGUCAUAUCAUAUCACAAUUGAACAUGUUAGUGGAUGCUAUUCUUAAGGAUAUAUGGAUGAUAAGUGCAUCCCUUCAGUAGGAAAACUGAUAAAUACACAACAAAUAAAUAUGAGGUAUAUAGCGAAAGAAGCUCCAAUAUAGGGCACAACACCGCUUAUGUGCAUCCCGGGCACAGAAUGAUGCACUUCAAUGUGGUUGAGCAACAUGUAGUUCACAUCAUUUUUUAUUUUUUUUUCUGCAACAAUUUAUUAAAGCAAUCCAUUGUCUGUCACACACCCCAAACGACUCAACAAAAAUACUGUCCUUUAAUAUGUCCACAACACCUCACAAAUAAAUCUGUGGACUAUUCAUAUCAGCUGUAACAUUGCUUACAGCAGGUGAUUUAAAGUCUGAAAAUGACUAAAAUUUAAAUUUGUGUGGUGAAUUUGUACUCAGGCAAUGUUUUAAAAAAUAAGGAUGAUUUGAGACGCAACAUCUUGAAGUUUACCAUGCUGACACACAAAAACAAAACACGUUGUAACACACUUAAAUGACCGAAAAGUUGCAUUUCUCAAUUCAUCACUUUAAAAGCACCACAGCUUAAAAUAUUAAACUUACUAGUUAGGGACAGAGUCACUAAGAAUGAACUGAGCCUGCUAAAACCACAGUUUUUUUUUGCACUUGCUAACUGCGCUCAUUUAGCGACCGAUUCACUAAAGGAGUUAUGCAGAUCAGGCAACUGCACAAAACGUGCUCACAAAAUCGCUGCUGAAUGCAAUGUGCAUGCACAAUUCUGAUCUUGCAGUCCGAUUCUGAGUGCAAUGUAGCCGAGGAUGCCACAGACAACCGUAUUUGACCCACCCUGCCGGGACUGAACAGCAUCACUUUGAUCCAGACACCUGAAUCAUCUCUUAAACAUGCAGAACAUGUGCUUGACAACACUGCGCAUCUGGACAUAUAUAAGGUUAUAAUGCUCCUCAACAUCAUUUGAUGAGUAUUUGAUUAAUUACUGAUGAAAUGAUCGGUUGAACAUGUUCACAAACAUCUCUUUUAAAUAAAAUUCAUUUUACUGCCUACUUUCAUUUGGCGGUAAUAGCGCAAUGUAAAUUGCGCAGGGCAAAUCGCAAUUGAGUUUUGUGAAUAAAGCGCAAUCUUUAAUAAGCCUAAUUUACAUAGAAAGGAGGUGUGUUUGCGUGGAAAAGGAAUGACAGUGACUUCAUUUAAAUAUUGAAGAUGCAGCGCAAUUUCAGCGCUGCUUGCGCCCGCUAAAUGUGAUUGCGGGUGGUUAGUGAAUAAGACACAGGUAUCUGCGCUGAAAUACCACAUGCACAAAGUGGUGCAACUGUUUAGUGAAUCGGCCCCUCAGACUUUCAAAUGCUCCCAAACAGCUGAUCUAAGUCAGUUUUUCGGUGGAUAUUGGUCUGGUAGAUCUAAUUCCUCUGUUAUAUUCUAGAGUUCGUGUGGAGCCCCAGUUUCACAUAGAAUGAAAGUUCACAUUCAGUCUGCAAUGCCUGGUCAAGCACCAGAUGGACAACGUGUGUAAUCAUAGUAACAGCUGCACUAACAAGCCAGGAACAAGCACAACAGAUUUUCAAAUUUAGGCUUACACUGAAAAACUCUUUUAUAUUAUCUAUUUCUAUAUAUAUUAUAUGUAAAAAAAAAAUAAAUAAAUAAAUAAAUAAAAUAAAAAAAUAAAUUGCCACAUGUAAAUAAAACAUUUUACUGUUUUUAACUGUAGAUUCUAAAUUCUUAUGGUUAAACUAACCAUGACAUUUUUAACCACGGUUAAUAGUGAAACUGUUUAAUUGUGACAUCCCUGUUCAUUACAUGAUGAUACAACUUCUUUAGCAAACAUUUGCAUAGUCAGGUGUGUAAAACACAGUAAACAAAUGCUACAGUAGCACUGCAUAGCAAUGUCCUCUGCAACUUAAAGCGCUUUUCCACCUUUGGGUCGAACAGUUCUUAGCACGUUCAGUAAAGGUUCCGGGACCAUUUCCACAUGUGACAUGGUUCGGUAGGGUACAAUUACAAAUUCCUGGCCUGGAAUUAUUUGUUUGGUUAGCUUACCAUACUCAGUUAUGCUCGUAGAUCGCCUUUAGCACGAGUAUCUCCUCUGUGCUAAGAGAUCGGAGAUAUCAAGUAGGAUUAUCCCACAUCCGACUUUGAAUGGAACGCAGCAUUAGUUAUGAAUGCUAACAGUUUAAGAUUCAAAUGCAAUAUCCCUAGAAUUCUUUUUAAAAUAAGUAAUAUCACUACAUGGACAAUGACAUUUAAACACAUUGUUACAGUGCAGUUGCAAUAUGUGAUGCCAGAUGUUUAAGCAAAGUAUGUGAGCAAACUUCCAGGGCUGUGUGUUUGGUUCUAUUUGAAAGUUCUAGUAACUCUUUAGCUUCAUCAUAUAUCAUCAAUGCAAGGGUAGGGGGCACAGAAGUACAGUAGUAUACUGAUCAUAUGAAGAAUGAAAGGAACCAUUUGUGCCUCUGUUGGAGUGUCCUUUAUCCAGUUUGUAAAAACUUAAAUGUUAUUGUGCAUAUAUAUAUAUAUUUAAAUUUCAAUUGCUUUGCUCUAGUAUUACCCGUGCUUAUAUCGUCUAAAGCAGUUCCAUACUUAGUGGAGCUUUAAGGUAAGUCUGUUUACAAACAUAAGAUCUGCAAAAGAAUUUUUUCGGCUUGUAAAAUUAGCUCACGCUCAUAUUUAACCAGUUCAUAUUUAUCCUACGGCAUAAUGUGGCAUAUGCUAUUAUCGCUGUCAAAGAGAUUAUCAUACACUUGCUCCUCAGGUAAUUCCAUAGGUAACAGUGACAAGGCCUGGAAUGAUUUCAAACACAGUUCAGGUUUCUCCUACAAUUAAAGACACUCCCAUGGCUGUAAUACUGUUCCAUGUGUAUGUUACCAUAAACACUCCAAACUCUUGCACAAUGCCUUCACUACACAUCUAAUCAGCUAUUAUUUAUAAUCAAUGCUAAGUUUAAUAGAACCUGAUACAGGACACAAAUUAUUAGAUUUAUUGCAAGAACGACAAUGGAAGUGAAUCAAUAAAUGAAUGGAGGGUUACAUAAUUUUAUGUUGCAGGAUAUUGGUAUGUACGUGGUUUUGUAUUCCAAAUGUUUCCUAUCAUUGUUUCAAGAUAUUUUAUGUGUGUUUGGUGACAUGCCAGUAUUACCUAUUACCCCGUCUCUAUGGCUACUUUUUGUGUUUUUCUUUUUUUCUGGAUUCCAAACAAUUCAGAUUUUCUUCAACAUGGCCUCAUCGUUUAUUAAAAUUCAAUUACUAAAGCUUGUAAUAAUUCAUACGACUUGAUGGAACCUUAAGAUACCAUACGACUUUGCUCAUUCAAAAACUAUUAUCCCCAUAGAGUCCAACCAAUCAACAAACAUAAUUUCAAAUCGAUACAAUACAGGCAUCAAAUUUUAGCUAGCCUUCUAUCCAACACUUUAUUUUAAGGAAACAAAUGAACAAAUUUGGUUCCUCAUUCCAUAUUUAUUUGUGCUAUACAAAUGACUGAUGUAUGUCAAUAACCUGUGAUACGCUUCCACCGUCUUGCUUUAAACCCUGCUAUUUUCUUUUGUGGUACACAAAAUUUAUUUUCCUUGUAAAGUCUUGGUUAGGUUUAGGUUUGUGUUUGGGCUGAACUUAGGGAAAAUCAUAAUAACAUUGUUGGUUCAUUUAUUUUUCCCAAAGGGAGUAAAAGUCGUAGCCUACAUUUUGUACGAACAACUUGAACGAUUUCUCACAAUUUUGCCAUCUCACACUAUUAUUUUGACUCACUGACUACGUUCAAACAGUGUUUGGGAUAGACAACCAUAUUUACUUACAGUUUUGGCUCUCAGUUUGUUCAGCAGUCAGAAAUGGAACAAAUACUGUUUAUACAGACAGAUGACCGAAGUUGAUUCCCUUCCUUAACUCACAAUAGACUUGAGUAAUGCCUAUAUCUGUAAUGAUUUAUAAUUUGAAAAUUAUACACCAUAACCUGAGAAAGACUGGCAGUCCUAACAUUACUAAUAGUGACUGACAGCCAAUAACCUGUUAAACAUGCACUUACUGUAUGUUAGCUGGGUUUCCAUCAAACUAUUUUUAUGCAAAUUGUGAAAUUGUGCAUAAGAAAACCUGAAUGGAAGCGCUUGAUAUGCGAAUAAACUCUCAAAAUUUGCAUUCAGGUUUAUACACUAGGAUGAGAUGGAUAUAUGGUAUUUGGAGGCUGGUGGCAUAUGGAAAUAGCCAUUUGAGCACUCAUUAUGUGAGCGAUUGCACUUAUUCUGCAAUGUCUUCUGGCAGAAUUUUAUAACAAUGUACAAUUGCUCUGUUACUGCGAAUACAACUCUCCCCGAAGCAGGGAGAAGAUAAUGUGCAUAACACAGUUGAUGGAAAUCUGCAAUGUUUCACAUUUUCUUGACUCAAAUUUUCAUUUAGAUGGAAACCCAAGUGACAUGACAUAUAUAGAAUUCACCUUUCACUCUCUUUCAUAACUGAACUGUGUAUGAACUGAAUUUAGCACUUCAAAACAGGACUGGCAACCAUAUUCUGCUGUUGUGUGAAUGUAACCAUUAUUGUGUAGUAUUUAUCAGGCUGUACAAAGUUGCCAUUGAAGGUUGAGUAGCCUACUUCUCAUUGCAAUAUAUUUUUAAAUGUGGCAUUAGUAGAAAAGAAGAAAUAUUUGGGGUCACUGAGAAAUCUGAUUAUUAUUGACUGUCAGGUUACCAAGGGGUUUGAUUUGUAUUAUAUUGUGUUUUUUUACACACAUUUUGAUUUUGUCCCUUUUUAAAGGCUCACUUGUGAUUUCAUCCACCAAAAGUGUCUAAUCACCCAAACGUAUGCCUCCACAAGUAUGACUGGAGAAUGAACCGUAAUAACACAUGUAGCAUUAUCCAAGUGGAAUGUACUGUACCAAUGGAAAGGGUAUUUCCUGUUUGUUCUGCUCUGGAGGAAGUAAUUAGAUAGACAUCAAAUGCCCUUCUAGCCUAACAAAUAUAUUAUUAUUAUUUCCCCAUUUCGAGGGUUUUUGAGACAUUUUACCUUUUA